UCAUUCAAGCCAGAUGUCCAUGAUGGCGUAAGUGGAGGUUUCAAGAUUACCCAGGCGUCUCCGUUUGAUCCCUCCAUAACAGUAAUAGAUGUGACUGGGUUAAAGAAGGAAUCCCAAGGAUACCAUAUCCACAACUAUCCCAUGCCGUGGCAGAUGCAUUACACAGGAAUGGAAUCUUGUGCUGGAGGCAAUCUAGGAAGGAACUGGAAUCCUUUUGGUGUGGACGUUGAAUCCAGUCCUGCCCCAGGAACCGGAACCAAUGAUGAAUACGAAGUCGGUGACCUGAGUGGAAAGUAUGGAACCUUUCUAAACCUCUCAAGUUACAGAGGGAUACACGUAGACUACAAUCUGCCGUUAUUUGGCAAAAACAGCAUCCAGGGUCGAUCCAUUGUCAUCCACAAGAUGAAGGUGGUAGGAAGUGCGAAAUGGGUGUGUGCGGAUGUUUUCCAGGCGGCGGACGGAGACAAUAUGUUUGUUAUGAAAACCAUGAUAAAGUUCACAGGACCAGCUCUAAUGGGUUAUGUACUCUUGGUUCAGUAUAAGUCCAGCGAUAUGAUGAUGACGUCAGAGGAAACUUCUAUUUACGUUGAUCUCUAUUACGCUUCCAACUCCAGCAAAAAGAGUAUGGAUCACAAGUGGCACGUACAUGUCAACCCUGAAGGAAAUGACACUUACGCUGAGAUGGGUCCGAGAUGUAAGAGUCUAGGAGGACAAUACAACCCUUAUCUCGUCGAUUUAGCCGGAAAUUACAAGACCACCUGCAUUUCCAGUAAUAUGUUAAGGUGCGAAGUAGGUGAUUUAUCUGGCAAGCAUGCGAUGUUAAACGUUGGAUCAGGAAAGGAGUUCUACACCGAUCCCGAUCUUCCCUUAUAUGGAGAAAUGUCAGUUGUUGGCCGAGGAGUUGUAGUGCAUUCAGAGAACGGCGGUGGGUCUCGUCUUGCCUGUGCUACCAUUAAACCAGUUGAUUCUUUAUAUGUAGAGAAAACACUGCAACAUGUUGAAGCAGCUACAUUUUCCAAAAUGAAUUUUGCAAAAACAGUUUCUGCUGCUCUUAAUAUCCCAGACUGGCGGUUGUUUUACAUUCGAACACAGGACAGUGGCGUUGCAGGCUGUGUGAUAGUCAAAUUUGGAAUUAUGGGAAAUGAAAGACAAGCCAGUGAACCCUCCCAAGCAUUUGACCUCAUCUUGCAACGUACGCCGGGAAAAUUAAAGGAGUUUCAGCCAAGGAGCAAAUGUCGUGUUCCUUCUUCAACUAAAGUACCAACGACAGUCAGAGGUGGCAGCGCAGUACCAACGAGAGUCAGAGGUGGCAGCGCAGGAAUCAAUCACGUGAACACAUACGUCAUUCUGGACAUGGUUUUACUUUCUGCAUAUGCGUAUCUGGGAUAAACAGGUCAACUUAACGCCGAAAUAUGACUGUCAGACAGUCAAUUGGAAGGAAACGAACAGUCAUUGUCAUACAACAGCUAGCUUUAUAACAACAACUACCUUUAUUUGCAUGAACAUAAAUACAUAGCGUUGCAAAAGCUUUUGUAAACCAAAACUAAAACAGUAACGAUUAUCGCGAUCAUUUAAUGUUAUGAUACAGCAAGCAAGUUACAUUUGUUUGAUUCAAAAGACGAAUAUUGCGUAAAUCAAAGCAAGAUAAAAUAAAUUUUGAUGAUUGAAUAUUAAGAGCGCCUUUUUUUCGUGACCGAGUGAGAGGUGGCACAUGGUCCAGAAAAUGACUACCCUCAUAUUUCGUUCAAAGAUACCCCUUGAUGAGUUAAUAAACGUGGUAUAAUUAUUUCGCUUAGAUCUACUUUUGUUUUCCAGAAAAUUCGAAAAAACUGUACAAGAUGAUAAACACUUCAACAAUGGCGGACAUUAGUGCGCCGAAUAUCAACACAAGAACUUCGCUCAUGAAAAGUGCAAAACCAAGUUCGCUUUUUUUCUUUUUGUUUAUUUGUGUGGGAGGUAUUGGCAAAUUAUUUAAGCCGCAAACCAGGUUUUUCGUCUAAUUAUUUUUAAUUCACGGCGCGUGUUUAAAAAUCACCAAUAUUUGAUGGUUUCAAAGUCUAAUUUUGGAGCAUUUUUUCAAGACACGUUUUUCCUAUGCGGUAUAACUCCGAAUCACUUCAGAUUAAAGUUGUGAUUAGUGGAAAUGUUCUUCUUUUCAAGGAUAUAAAGAUUAGUUUGGGGCUUUUCAUUACUGCACGGAAAAUGCACGCUCUAUUUCGGGAAAAUCGCCACCUCGAGGUGUCAACAACUGCAAAUGAUCGAAUUAGAGUCUCUGCUGUCGAACGCAAAAUUCCAGGCAAAUCUUAGUUCUUAGCAUCCUAUUAAAUAAAAAUCAAUGUUAUAAGCUCACCUUGUAAAUCCAGUGGUUGUAGAUGAGGUUUUAUCCCUAUUUUCUGUUCAAAAUAAUCGUCUUCUAAAUCUUCCGUUCAACAGUGUUUACCGAACGAGUAACCGAUCUGAACAGUACCUGGAUGGCUUUUGUAGAAACAUCGCAAUUCUGGACAGUAUCAAGCAUUUCUUAGCUUCUAUCCUUCUAUAACGUACAAGUGAGCUUGUAAGCAAGUAACUUCUAACCAUUUUAGUGGCCGAAACGAGCGAAAUUACCAAAUCCCGUGCAAGAGCUACGGUAUGUUUGUUUAUUGAAUCAUUUGGUAAAACAUGGUCGAUUCGAUGAUAACAGUUUGGGUGAGAAAAUAGGGAUAAAACCCCAUCUACAGCCACUGGAUUUACGAGGUGAGCUGAUAAUAUUGAAUUUUAUUUAAUAGGAUGCUAAGAACUAAGAUUUGCUUGGAAGUUUGGGUUCGACAGCAGAGACUCUAAUUCGAUUAUUUGCAGUUGUUGAAACCGCGAGGUGGUGAUUUUCCCGAAAUAGAGCGUUCAUUUUCCGUGCAGUAAUUAAAAUCCCCAAACUAAUCUUUAUAUCGUUGAAAAGAAGAACAUUUCCACUAAUCACAACUUUAAUCUCAAGUGAAUCGGAGUUAUACCGCGCAGGAAAAACGUGUCUUGAAAAAAUGCUCCAAAAUUAGAUUUUGAAACCAUUAAAUAUUGGUGAUUUUGAAAUACGCGCCGUGAAUUAAAAAUUAGACGAAAAAUCCUGGUUUUCGGUUCAAAUAAUUUGCUAAUACCUCCCACACAAAUAUGCAAAAAGAAGAAAAGCGAACUUGCUUUUGCACUUUUCAUGAGCGAAGUUCUUGUGUUGAUACUCGGCGCAAUAAUGUUAACCAUUUUGUAGCGGUUGGCAUCAUGUACAAUUUUUGCAAUUUUUUGGAAAACAAAAGUAGAUCUGAACAAAACAAAUAUAUCACUUUUAUUAACUCAUCAAGGGGUAUCUCUGAGCGAAAGAUGAGGGAAAUUAAUUUUUCAAGCAUGUGCCACAUUUUUGUGUUUUCCCGCGGUCUUCGGGGACAUUCUCUCUUAAUAUAAUGAUUUGAAGAAGUCACAAGGUCCCCAAUGACUUGUAAUGAAGGUAAUUGUUUAUAAGUCGGAAUGAUAUGUUCUCUUUUUUUAUAAAAUUUAUUUCCUAGAAUAGAGAAUUUAUUGCAAUAUAUAAAAAAGUGAGAUUCGCCUUCAAUUUGAUUAGAUGCACAAAUAGGGCAGAGUCUGUUAACCCUUGGAAUGUGAUCAUAUCUACCAGUCUCAAUCCUUAGUUUGUGAUUGCCUAUCCUAAAUUUUACUAGUUCUUUUCUUUCGCUAAGUUUGCUUGUUAGGCCUAAAUAAGAGGAGGGUGUAUAAUCGUUCUUAAAAGUGUUGAGAAAUUUUAGUUUAGUAGAGUUUUGCAUGGUAUGUUGCCAAUAUAAAAUAUACUUUUGCUGCAUUACGCCAACAUAAUGUUUGAUUUUAGCGUUAGUUAAGUACGUAAGAUCAAAACAAGGGAGAUUAUAAGAUUCAGACAUACUUAUAAUAUUAGAAUAAUAACUAUUUUUAACAGCAUGAUGAAGAUCUUGCGACAUGAGAAAGAUUUGUUUAACAAUAGAGCAAUUAUCCUUACUUGGAAGAUAUGCGGAGUAAUUCAUGAUUUUCUGAUUGAUAGCUAUAAUGAGAGGAAACCUACCAAGUUAAACUCUACAUGCUACAUUGGAUGCUUUAUUGCUUUCUUCUAAAUAACGUUUACAGAAUUGGAGAUGUGUUUUUUCGAUCUGGGAACUGCCCCAAGACUUGAGAUUAGAUUUUGCAUAUGGACCCCACACUUCACUUUUAUAUGUCAAAAUUGAGGAGAUCAUUGCGUCGAAAAUUUUAUUCGCUAGGAAUGGAGGUAGUUUGUUGGUCUUUUUGGAUUGAUACUUUACAUCUAUGUACUAUUUUUGAUCUUGAAAAUGUGACUAAAUCGUCUGCAUAUAAAAGUAAAUUUAAUUUUGCGCCGUUUGGUAGGAUAAAGGGAUCAGAUUAGAACUUUUUCAUAAGAGAAUGGUCUCAAAAUACAACCUUGGCGUACCCCUCUUACGUAUGGAAAGGGCCGUGUUUGAUUUUGGCCAAUUUUUUAUGGAACGUGUAGAUUUUGAAUACAAGCUCUUUAUUAAAUUGAAAAAACAGCCACCGACAUUAAUUUGUAAUAUAACAAAUGAAAGUCCGUCAUGCCAAACUGAGUCGAAAGCUUUUUUGAAGUCGACAAAACAAGCAUAGAUUUUUUCGUUGUGGUGAUGCACGUAUUUAUCUGCUAGAGUUCUCAAUGUAAGAACAUGGUCUGCUGUUCGAUUUUUGGGUUGAAAACCAAUCUGGGAAUUGUGUAAAAAAUUAAGAGAAUUGACAUGUUCAAGCAGUCGCUGAUUUAAAAUAGAACAAAAUAGCUUUCCCAAACAGCUUCAGACUCCUAAUUGCUGUAGCAAUAUGCAUAUGUUAUAACAAGAUAGCAAGAUGGACUCGAGGAAAGCCGACGUGUAUGUCUGGACACAAAUGUGUAUAAGGUGCUCAGAUAACGUAAACUUUUCAGCUGUCUUAAGGAGUUUUAACUGGCCAAGCACCAAUCCCUCUCUUCCUAUCUCCAAGUUAACGUGUCAAAAGCUUCGAAAAGAUAUAGACGUUUAUAAUGUUACCAAUGAAAGCUUUUGGUAAAACACUAUCUGAAUCUUUACUGUCUUUUGUAACGGGCUUUUGUCUCGAUAAUGCACAUGUACGGCACUUUGCUUGGGAAUAAAGGCUCUACGGGACGGAAUUUAUUGUCCGGCUCUUGACCCUUUCUAAGGAAACAGCUACUUCUACUGUCCUUGAGCGCAUCAACUUAUUUACGAUCUUCUGUCAAUAUCGUAGUAAAAUUGGACGUCCUCAACAUAUAAUGAAAACCAUCCACUCACGACAAAUAAUUUUUAAAUAUAAUAGUGUUGUUAUAACUUUUUAACUUCCGCACUGUAGUGUAGUGACAGUGACGUUUACCUCACAUGACAUUGGAAACCAUGUCCUAGAGAGAGUCCGCCAUCUUGUCAAUAGAAUUGUUGUGUUCCUACAAUAUUGUGUGUUUUCUUCUCUUGCGAAGCUACUACAUUUGGCGACGAGGACAAAAGUCGAACACAAGACAAGCUUGUCAGGAAUUCUGAGCUAUGGCCGUCUGUUUAAGUAGACUAACUGGUCCUGCGGCAUUUGACACAGCUGGCCAGCCAAAGACGAAUUCGAACUUUUCGUGACAGCAUCAGGCAUCGACGACCCGAAACAGCAACGAGCCCUCCUUUUACACCUAGCAGGACCGGGCGUAAGAGAAAUCUUCCGUGCCAUUCCCGAGGAAACGAAGGGCAACGUUAAAGACCACUAGAAAGCGAUGGAGUCGCUCAACGAUUAUUUCAAAUUGAAGAAAAACAUUCCAAAGGCGAGACAAAACUUUCUAGGAGCAACGCCUGCACCAGGGGAGCGAAUAAAUAACUUUGUAACCAGACUUAGCAGCUUAGCUGGACAUUGCGAGUAUAGAGAAGAGAAAGACGAGGGACCAAGUGCUAACACACAUCAAGGACAAAAACUUUAAGUCUAAAUUACAUAUAUCGGUCCGAGAAUUUAACCUUAUCCAAGUUCUUAGAGGUAGUGAGCCAGUAUCAUGAUAAGGAUGCCCUGAUCCUUAUCCAGCCCGAAGACCAAAUCAACCGAGUGGAGCUUGCUGAGAAACAAACUAUUUCCCUAAUGGAAUUCCAAGGCAGAUGUUGGAAUUGUAACAAAAUCGGGCACCUGGCCAAGGACUGUUGCUGCUCACGUGACCAUGUUUGCGAAUCCUGUGGAAGACUGGGCCAUUUUGCUGUUUGUUGCCGAUACCACCAAUAACAUGCCCAGCAACACAAUCCGCACCACCAGUCAUGGGAGAAACCCUCUGCAGACCAGGAGAGUGGGGAGACGAGAAAAAGUGCAUGCUGUCACCCAACAAGCAUAGCUAAAAACAAAUACAACUAAACACCGAAUAUUUAUUAUCUUAAACUUCUGUGAUAUCUCAUUUUGUCGUCAUACCGGUAUUAAUAGAACGAACACGUUACAAAGUGAACUGGAACACAGAACUACUUCUCGUGCCUAACUGGCCCUUGCUACCUAGGAAGAUGUAUGAUACGUGCCAGACGUACAAUGCAUUGGAGACGUCUGGGUAAAUCUAUACGGAAAAUACAGGAGAACAAUGUCAGAAGGAAGAUUGCCGGUUAAGUAUGUUAAGCAUGUUUAUGCACUAGUAUAAAGAUUUUUCUGAUUACAAUCAAUAAUCAGUCGGUUGGCUCAAUCUGAUUAUUUUCAUUCUCUUUGGCAAGAAGAGAACAUGGGUAAACCAAAAUCAGCCCACAAAACCACCCGCACAGACAACCUCAUCAAAGCUGUCUGGUUGAUGGGAAUAUCUUUCCAGAUAUGGAACACAAAGGACAGCAAAGAAAAGGAUUGGACCUCUUUAAUGGGAAACGAAAAGAAAAAACUUUUGAAGGCCUGCAAAGUUUCAAGAGAUUUUACGCCCAGAAACAGCAGAAAAAACCAAAAAGUUAUGGGAGGUAUGUUCAAAUGGAAUGACUCUACGCUUAACUAAUUUUUUUUAACCAGCUAACAAGUACACAACAUUGGUGAGACGUUUUAGCAUGGGUAUUUUGAGGAGCUGUUUUUGAUGUCAAUGAUGAUAUUGAUGCUGAAAAUUGGCUCAUGCUAGACACGUAGCCUGGAAAAUGAUCAGACAAAAAUUCAUUUGUCCCGAGAUCAUAAUUUAAAUUGUUUCCAAUACAGGACUUCUGGCAGUUGUACAACGUCAUUAAUGACUGCACACCAGGAGAAGAUCAAGUCCUUUCAUUUCAUUCCAAGGCUAUUGAGUGGGGAAAGCAGCUUUUGAACAUGACAGGGGAUGGUUACGCCCACACAUGUCCAAUAACACCAUACAUCCAUCUGAUGAUCUAUCAUGUACCUGUGAUGCUUCAGAAGUAUGAGACUAUGAAAAUAUUCACCGGCCAAGGU